AUGACCUCUGCAACUACCAACACAGCGUCAGGAUCCGCACAGUCAAAGAUCGCUUCCUUUUCAGCCGAUCAGAUCGAGCAAUUCCGGCACCAGUAUCCAGACUACGACGAGCAUGAAUCCGAGUUCCCCCUCUGGAUCGAGGGCGUCGAUACAACCUAUGCACCAUUUAUCCCCACUUCCACCCGCCGAGUCUUGGUUGCUCUCGACAUGGUCCGUCUGUCAAGCACCGACAAGGUCCUCGACGUCGGAUCAGGAGACGGCCGGUUCUGUUUCGCAGCAGUCUCGUUCUUUGGCGCUCAAAAGGCACUGGGCAUCGAGUACGAACAGGAUCUGGUCGAAAAGUCUACAGAGUUCGCACAGGACCUUGUCAACCAGGGCAAGAUCUUGUUCCAGAAGGCCGAUCUGACCAACUGGAGGGAUUCGCUGACGAUGCAGUCCAAGGAGUGGACCGUAAUCGUGGUCUUUUUGUCGCCCGAGGGAGGAACUGAUAUGGAAGAGUGGCUCGUUCAGGAGUUUGAGCGCGGUGUCAGGAUCGUUGCCCUGGUGUUUGAUCUCAAGCAUCUCAGGGGUCUUCGCUGCAGUGUCGAGGACACCGAAGAAGGCAUCUGGGUCUAUGAAAAGCAGUAA